UACACUAUAUAAAGCAUCAGACGGAACUAACAGACACUCAUUGCGAGAAGACCAUGAGAGCUGCAGCCAUCUCCAUGCCAAGGCUGGACAAAAUGCCAGGAAUGUUCUUCUCUGCUGGCCCAAAGGAUUUGAAAGAACCUAGCCAUUCACUUCUAGAUGACAAAACGCAAAAAAAGAGACCAAAGACUUUUGGAAUGGACAUGAAAGCAUAUCUGAGAUCUAUGAUCCCACAUCUGGAGUCUGGAAUGAAAUCAUCCAAAUCCAAAGACAUACUUUCUGCUGAGGAAGUAAUGCAGUGGUCUCAGUCUCUGGAAAAACUACUUGCCAACCAGACUGGUCAAAGUGUCUUUGGAAAUUUUCUAAAGUCUGAAUUCAGUGAAGAAAAUAUUGAAUUCUGGUUGGCUUGUGAAGACUAUAAGAAAACGGAGAUUGAUCUUUUGAGUAGCAAAGCAGAGAAUAUAUACAAAGCAUUUGUGCAUUCAGAUGCUGUGAAACAAAUCAAUAUUGACUUUCGUACUCGAGAAUCUACAGCCAAGAAGAUUAAAGCACCAACCCCCUCAUCUUUUGAUGAAGCACAAAAAGUCAUAUACACACUUAUGGAAAAGGAUUCUUACCCCCGGUUCCUGAAAUCAAAUAUUUACUUAAAUCUUCUAAAUGACCUCCAGGCUAAUAGCUUAAAGUGAGUAGUUCCUGGCAGGCAGGAAUUUAAAGAUGAUAUCAAGGACAGAAGGAACAUGCCGGUGACCCUGCCUGUGUGAUUAACUUGGCCUGCUUUGGUGACUCAGCAGGCCCAGCGGAAGUACAAAUGACUCAAAAUGGAUUAACGUGGAAGUCAUGUGGUAGAGACUUGAGGAAGCAUCAGCAAGAAGAUCGUGGAGAGACACAUGGAAGGAGAUGCUGUGGUUCUGUCAUAAGAUACAGUGGGACUCUAUCAGAACACCCUGAGAACUGGGAAGGUCAGCUGACUGGCAACACAGAAACUAUGAAUAAUUUGUUUGAGAAUGAUUGCAAUGUUCUAUAAGCUUCAAGAACAGCAGACAUGUAUGCUACAUGUUGUUGUGUAGAUUGUGUUGAACUCUUGCAGUCUCCUUUCUGUGGAUGGUCAGUCCAAAAUAUGUAUUGUAAAUAGCAGUUGCUAUUAUACUGACACAAAGAAUUUUGUUACUUGUUUAUUUAAUUAUAUUUGGUUUGGAUAAUUGUGUAUUUAACAUAAGCUAUUUUCCUUAAAACUAAGAAGUCACAGCACAUUUGUAAAUUAAAUUAUCACCAUGUCAAAAAUAAAUGUGAGCUUUAUAUUAAAAUA